GCGAUAGCCUAUUUGACGCCAUUUACGGACACGUAUCGAGAAACGCUUUUAUCGUCCUGGAAAAAGAUUCUCGGCGAAGGUGUGCCACACACACCAGGCAGUGAUCCCGUAUCAACUCUUGGUGAUCAAGUGGAGAUAAGAAAGUGGCAAAUCGAGGGUUUACCCAGAGAUACGUUGUCUGUCGAAAACGCGGUCCUCGCGAUGCACUCGAAACGCUGGCCGCUUUUUAUCGAUCCGCAGGCACAAGCAAACAAAUGGAUACGCUCUUUGGUAACUAACAAUAUAUCAAGUAAUAUCGAUCGAUAAAACGGUAAGAAGAAAUAAUAGAAUUAAGUACAGUUGCUCACGAAAUUAUUCGAAUACUUAGAACUUUUUAUAAAUAUAUUAUUUGUGUCAGGUAGU